AUGCUCGGAGAAGUCAACGUACAGGACAUUGAGGAUGCGCUGGGUAACUCAAUGAAGUUCCUACAGCUGAUCUCCACUAACCUUGAGGGAGGCACGAUGACUUAUGCAUGUGCAAGACAGCUUGAAAAUGAGACAAUACUGCUGGGCACAAACGCUCUAGAAAGCCUUGUGGGAGGAGCUGGAGGCAGCACUACAGGGAAAGCCAGGGUGGUUGCAAGAGUGCUCGUACCACCGAGUGGUACUUCCAACGUUAACAUAACAGUUCCGAUCUUAGAAGGCGAAAGGGUACUGAGAUCCAGUACCGAGAGGAUAGGCUCUGGAGUCUGCCAUAUAGAAAAUGGUACCACCGUCGUUCACGGAACCAAUCAGAGCAAGCAGCCCUGGACUCUUGGGAAAGGUGAUUGCGUAGGAUGCUGGACAAAUAGAACUUGGUUUACCCCCAACAGUCAAGCAAUUCAGGGUGAUAUGCUGCAAAUGGAGAUCCCUGAAGUAGCCCCCAAAGAACACCGAACAAAAGAAUUGUUGAGCAUUUUUGCUAAAAACAGGACGGAGUCAUUGAAGGUAUUCGAUCAUCAUGGGCUUCGCCCAGAAUUCGCCCCUAGAAUUAGUUGCAAAAAAGGACAGUACACAAAAAGGAUACUCUAA